ACAAAAAAGCGAAGACACUCAAUCGGUCAAUAUUUGGAUUUAACAGAACAAAUUAUGGAGCCAAACAUUGAAGAAACAUGUCAACUCCACACAAAGUUUGGAAAACUUUUUGGAACCGUCACCGAGCCCAACAACUCACCCUAUCAAAAUCUCUUGGAUUUGUCAUUUCGGCCCAGUAAAGUUCAGGAUAAUCCGCAAAUGUUUCUUCCGCCGAGCAUCAAUCCGAAGACUGCAACGGAAAUCAAGAAAAUCGAUUUAACAACUGAAUUUCGUGGAAAUCAGCCAGUUCUAUCGUACACAAUCACUUGGUUGGACAAGAAUGCAUCAAAGAAAACGGAUAAGGCAUCAAUCAAAAGUUCAACGAAAACGAGAGAUUCGCAGAGAAAAUCUGUGACUAGUUCUUUGUCGGAUGAUUCGUCGGAAACUGAUGAGCCCGUGCAAUUGGUCAAGAAACCGUCGUCAAUGAUGAAAAUUCCAGGAAAAGUUCGUUGUGAUGGCCCAUGUGCUCAAGUUAUCGAAUUGGCGGAUACAGUUCAAUUCGGAUGUGAUCAUGUGAUUUGUUCGGGUUGCCGUAAAAAAGCAACAAGCACUCCACUUUUCGAUGGUUCUCCCGGUUGUUGCAAUGUAAAUUGUGUUCAACUUGCAAAGGCAAAUGGGGAUAAAGUUUGCGCUGGACAAUCGAACUCUGUCACCUCGAACAUUUCGUAUGUGGGAGCAAUCGAAUCAAUUGUGACUCAUGUUUGCAUUCUGAAGAACUACGGUCAUGAUGUGCUCCGAACUCAAGUGGAACUGGAAUUUCCGUCUUCAGCUCGGUUUUCUGUUAUUAUCAGAUGUUUGUUUCAUUACAAAGAUCUGAUGAAGAACUCCCGUUUCUACUACAGUACCCAGAAGCCCACCUGCCGUGCGGAUAUCCUACCAAUCUCGCUGACUGACACUAAUCUUCGUUUCCACAAUAUUGUCGACAUGAAAUCCGAUCCGAUUUUGUACUUAAUCAUUGUCGGAAAAGACAUCCAAUUUUUUGACUGAAUUCUGUUCAGUCUGAAUACUGCGUUCUGGCUGUACUCUGAUAAAGCAUUGUUCUUUUG